AUGUUCGUUAUUAUCAUAAAUAUAAUCUCCACAUCGAACAAUUACGUGCCAGUCUUGAUUUCAAGCGAAAUCGAAAAUUUUUCUCACAAUGUCAAUCUUGUUGAUUUGCGCUUCGAAACAAAGGAAAGUAUCACGUGUACUAAAACGAAAAUAUUGCUCAAUAGGAUUCAAACGACAAUUUGUUUACACGAUUCUCGCGAUGCAGUGAGUAAUCAAAUUCGGAAGGAAAAAAUCUGGGAAGAAGAACAUCUGACAAAACUUUUUCAAUAUCUCAUUGAUAAUCCUCAGAUGAAUUUCAUUGAUAUCGGAGCAAACGUUGGCGCAUACACGAUGUUUGUUGCUUCACUUGGAAGACAAGUGAUAUCCAUCGAAUGUUUUAAACCCAGUCUCGAUCGAAUUCGUCGAGCAAUUCAAAUUGAAAACGUUCAAAAUCAUGUAACACUUAUUGGUAAUGCUAUUUACACGCAAUCCGGUGUAGACUUACCGUUAAAACCUGAUCCAAAUAAUAUCGGUUCUCAAGAACUUGAUCUCAUUGCCAAUCCCAGGGAAAUCAAUGGAACUUAUUUAGUAAAAACGAUUCAAUUCGAUGAUAUCCUUCCAAUACUGAAAGGCAAACAAAUUCGACAUGCAAUCAUGAAAAUGGAUAUUCAAUGGUCAGAGAUGUAUGUAUGUCUCACAGGAAGUGGCGUUUUUGAUUACAUGAACAUUCCAAUUGUACUUAUGGAAUGGGAUAUUAGCGGCAAAGAGCGAUAUGGAUCUCGUUUAAAAUUUAUUUUAAGUUUUUUUCUCCGACGGAAUUAUAUUCCAACUGCUUGUAUGUGUNUUUUUCUCCAACGGAAUUAUAUUCCAACUGCUCAUAUGUAUAAAGUUUUUCAAGAGGUCGAUGCACUCAGUUUUUGGCCAUCGAAUGUCUAUUGGAUAAAACAGAGCGUAUCAAAAUCGUGCUAA